AAUCGUUCGUGAAUCGCUCGUCAGUCAUUUGAUCAGGAGCGCCCGAAUCGUUUCAUAAACCAGUUGAAUAUUUUGUGUUGUUGUCCUCCAUGACUUUAUCCCUUCUGCAGCUUUACAAAUGUAUAAAUAUAUGUUUUUAUCCACUAAUGCUGUAAUAUCGCGGCUUAAGUAUGGGUGGAUGGCUUGAGGAGAUGUCCUCGCGCGCACCAUAAGCUCAGUAUGAAGUGUGUGAAAGCGGUUAUCCUGAGUGUGACGACUUAUUCAUCUUCCAUGUAGCUUAAUGAUGGCUGGAAAAACUGCCAGAAGUGAUGAAGUGAUUGAACAGUGUGACUUGGAUCGAGCCGAGGAGAAAAGCACCUUGGUUCAAGAUGAUUUUCCAGAUAAGAAGGUGACUAACACAGCUCCAGGCAGGACCCUGCAAAAACUUAGCCCCAUACCUGAGCUUGAUCCUGGAGAAACUAAAGCAGAUGCAGCCUCUACUGGAUCGUCUUAUACCCUCUCCUCUGUGGAUAGGUGUAGCACUGUCUCCUCUUCCACAAACUCCUUACCUGACACUCAGGAUGCUGAAGAUGCCUGUGCGGGGAUCAUACUCAACUGCCUCUUCUGUCAGUUCUAUGAUCUGUGCCUCAUGCUGCCUGACACAUGCAAACGUGCCGCUACUCAAAUCUGCCCAGCCUGCAGCUAUUUGUUUGCUCCAUUAGAACCAGUCCAGAGCAGCGAUUGGAACUGUCACUGCGACAUUGACUGUGACCUAUUUGAUGCCUGCCAAGAAACCAGCGAUUGCCUGGAGUUAGCCAUGGAGAUUUCAGAGAUUUGCUACCGUUAACAUGCUAGCAAAGCCACCAAACUGGGCAGUAGAACUGAAGAACAGAGGGCUACUCUGAAGCCAAUGGGUGAUGCAGCAUUGUCAAUAUUACUGCUUAUUUCACAUAAUGCGAGUGUCAGUUGAAAUAUUACAUAAACAUCAUCUAUGAAUGCAGUAUGUCUAUGGAGUUGCCUAAUGGUAAGUUUUGGCAUGCGUCGAAGAAGGGACGAGAGAUGCUGACACAAGCUGUUGUGCAUGCUCAUGGCAGUUUGAUCAAAAUUCUGAAUGUCAUGAGGAGGUGUAAUGGUCAUCAUGUUAUCCUUGAGCAUGCAUCCUGUUUCAGUUGGAGUACGGUUGUUUGUUCACACAAACAGCAUGAGAUGUUGUUUCUGUAGGACACUUGUUUUUCUAGAGCCCAUCAACCUUUGCUCUCUUUUUUUGGAAGACCACUCACUCGAGUGCGCAGAGAAAACUUAGUAGAUUGUUUCUGUCAGAGGUGAGCUCUUGUCAUGUAAUGGGAAAACAGUGGGGACAGAAUGUACGCAUAUGUGCGUGUUAUUUAUUCAUCCUUCUCUUCUGCUGCCUAAAAGAGAUAUUAGCAGAGACAUGCACUAUAUGGCCAAAAGUAUGUGGACACCUGAUCGUCAUACCCAUAUGUGCUUACUGAACAUCCCAUUCCUCUAGUCUUUUGGGAAAUCUUUCCACAAGGUUUUGUAACACAGCAGUAGAAAUUUCCUAUUCAGCCUCAAGAGCAUUAGUGAGAUGAGGAAAAAAGGCCUGGUGGUGUUCCUAUUCAUCCUGAAGGUGUUCAGUGGGGAUGAGGGGGCUUUGUGUAUACCACUCAAGUUCUUCCACACCAACCUUGGCAAACCAUGUCUUCAUGGAACUUUCUUUGUGCACAGGGGCAUUGUCCUACUGGAACAUUUUUGGACCGCUUAGGCCUAGAGAAGGGAAAUCUUAAUGCUACAGCAUACAAAGACAUCCUAGACAAUUGUGUGCUUCCAACUUUGUAGCAACAGUUUGGGGAAGAACCGAAUAUAGUGAGGUGGCCAGGUGUCCACAUACUUUUGGACAUGUAGUGUAUUUGCUCAUCAUUUGUAUCAUUUUCAUGUCAUAUUAGUAAUUCAAGGUAACAUGUUAUUGUGGUAUAACUUUCAAAAUGUUUCACCACUCAUCAGAGUACCAUUAUCAGUUCUAUGAAACAGUGGGAGCUUCUUAAGGAUUUAACUCUGUGUGUGAGUGUGUGUGAUUCCUACCAAUCAUGUCAUGAAACUCUUCAGGUUCCCAACAUUGAAGUCAGCCAUUUUGAAUCUCUCCAACAAAUAAAAACUUCAGGUACCCAGGAGUCUGCUUGUACAGCUUGUUCUGAAUAACACUCUAGAACUGAAUUAGGUGCGGUUAGUCUAUGUUUACAUAUUGAAAUUUGCCAGUAACAUUAGAGCAUGCAUGGCAUACAGAUGAAUGAAAUAAUGUUUUUCUGAUGCCUCACUGCAGUUUGACUAUUCCAGAACUUUAAAAUGGUACUCUAUUAGCAUGUCCCUGCAGGAAAAAGAUAACUGGGCAUGUUUAUUGUUCGCCAGUUUUCCUCAGCUGAACCUCUUUUCCAAUGUGUAAAAGCAUGUAUCAAAGAAAAUGAAUGUUUCUCAUACAGAAUCCAUCUCAUUGCCUAGUGUGUAAACCAAUAUAUCGCAUGAAAUCAUUCCUAAAUUCCAUUUUAACUCCAAAGAGAAAUAAUCUGUAUUGUAGUCUCUUUUUAAACGAUUUAAUGUGAAUGCUGCAUAGCCUCACUGAUGCAUGAUCUACAUUACAGGCUUAGACUGUUUCAAAAGAGUUCUCAGGUCAUGUCCAAUUUGCUUUUUGUUUAAGUAAUUAUAAAACCCAGCUUAUUAUAGUGCCAUAAAGUAACUUAUUAUGUCCCACUGUGGUUUUUCUACACAAGUCAUGCUUGUGCAAACAGAUGCUUGGUUAAACCAAAAACAUCUGUAUGCCUUAAACUUUUUGGAUCCUUGUCAAAUUUCCUGAUAGCUUUGGGAGACGCAUGGGCUGUUUAGAUUUUCUAAUGGUUUUGCAUACGGUGUGAAUUUUCCUAUCAUCUGCUCAAAUUUAUUGCAUUAUGUCUAUGUCCAGAGCAAUGUGUAUUCUCUAACUGCUUCUCUGGGACGUGUUGUACUGCAGUACAUUACAGUUUGCAAAGAAGAAUGAAAUGUAGAAUGAUUUCAUUAUUGUAUACUAGUAUACAGAAUCAUGUGUUUUAUUUUGCCAUUGACAAGCAGUCUCUAUUCAUUGUGCCGUCAUGUUUAUAAUUUUCUUUCUUUCUUUUUAACCAUAAUUAGGCUUUUUUAUUGUCUCUUCACCUCAUUAAUGAGAGGCUUUCCUCUGAAGUGCACAACACUAGUAGUUAUUUAUUUAUUUAUUUAUUUUAUCCCCGCUAUGCACAGCCCUCCUGUGGGGCAAGACUCAAUGAAAUAUUAACAUUGUACAUUUAUAGCUUUUUUUUUAUUUUAUUUUUUUAAAGCAUUUGUGUCUCACCAAAUAUUACCAAAGCCAUGUCCUAUGUGGAAAUACAGUCCCGAUGCUUUGUGUAACUCUGUGUUUUGGCAUAAUUUGACCAUGUGGUUCUAAUGAGCUUUUUGCAGUAAAUAUAUACUACACUUACACACCUAUUUUGGUCGAUGCUGUUGAUGCACUCAUAGUGGCGGCAUAAGUAGUAGUUGAACUGGUGUUGUGGUUUUAUAAUAUUUUGAAGUGCACAAUAGAGUUAUUUGAUGAGAUAAAUGCUAUUUGUUUUAAUGUUCCUUUUAUGAAGGGUCAUAUUCGACCAGUUUUUAGAAAAUGAAAGUUGGUAACACCAAGAACACAGUGAUGAUUUGUGUUAUGAAAUGCUACCAUAUUUAAAGCACAAAAUGUAUGUGUUGUAUCAAUAAACAAAUUCAUUAAAUGAACCUUUACUGGUACUUGUGUGUGCUAUUGUGUAGUGUUCCUAGUAUUUAGUAUCUUUCAGAGUAUAAUGGUGAGUUGAUUCUACAGUGCUAUAGAGAAUUUCCAAUAAACCAAAUAUCUGUUCAUAUAGCACUAAAACCAGAGAAUUACUCCACUGUAUUAAUGCCAGAACAAUAUUAAUUUACAGCAUUCCCCAAGAUUAUCUUUUGUAGUAUAUGGGCCAUCUGAGAUGGUGUGUGUGUGUGUGUGUGUGUGUGUGUGUGUGUGUGUGUGUGUGUGUGUGUGUGUGUGUCAGGUACAUUCCCAAUCAAUGUGAUAACCCGCUCCUUUUAGUAAGUUAGGAUAUGUGCCUUUGGGCUAUCCACACUUAAUAUAUAUUCCCUAACGGGUGCUUUGAAGCUGGUAUGUGGGCUUGCAUUAGCGAUACCUUUCAAUCACCAGGCCAUCUCUGUCUUGUGACAGGUGAUUUUCCUUUGUGUCCAUAACCUCAUUUUAACAAUUAACACUGCAAGUUCUUUAAAAACCUCAAGAGACUUUAGAAGGUCUGUAGGGAUUAUCAAGGAUUUAACCCAUCACUAGUUCGACAACCUUUUAAACAGUUGAAAGUUCGACUUUAUCCUCUUAGUUCACAAGACACCCGCCCUCUUCCAGGUGUUGUCCUAUUAGACAUCUUGUGGUCUGGAUCUGCAGAAGGCACAUACAGUAUGGCAGGAAAUGAUGGAGCAUGGUAUCCUAUCGCUGUGCCCCUACCCCCUGUGGAGGUGAGGAAAUUAAUGAGGCGCGCAGCAGGAGGAGGGAAUGGAUGGGCCUUGACUGGGGGGGAGGGGUGGAGUUAAUUACUGCGUAAUGAGGAGCAAUUUAUUGUGUUCUUGUUAGGCACAUAAAAAUGCCGGAUGCGCUAUUCAAAGGCUAUGUGUUAAUGUGUCCCUCUUAAUGCUUGGUAGUAAAGGUCCUGAGAGUUUGAGGCAUCUAGUGUGGAAAGUGACUGAGACAUCCCCUUAAGGGUCCCGGAGCCAACGGAUUAGCCUGGCUGCUUUUAGUGUCUGUCCCUGGGUCAGGAGGAAUAAUGAAAGCGUUGCAUUAGUAGAGUAUCGAUCCCACACUCUAUGGCCUCUGCUGAUGAGGCUGCUAUAACUCCUCAUAGCCACCUCUCCACCCCGGUAAAUCUCCAUCUAUUUAGCUCUAACUCUGCUGUUGGUCUUCAAAGCAGCUUCCAAUAUUGCAGUGAUAACCAGAAAAACCGAGUAAAAAUGAAAAUAAAAAAGCGUGAACAAGCUGUCAAUAGGAUAAUCUUACUUCCAUUUACACUGUAUUUUCAUGUAACAUUUGUUUUGUGUAAUGUUUUGCUGCCUCCAUAUUACAUGCGGACAAUGGACCAAGAUGGUAGAUAAUUACAGCAUGGGGGAAAAAAAAGAAACAAACUAUAUGCUUUGUCAAUCCUAACCGAUUGAAAAGAUAAUACAACUUUAUAGCACUUUCUUUAUAGCUCCUGCUGUAGGAAAGGUACAAGUCUUUUAUGUGUGAUAUAUGAAACGUCUUUGAGGAACGAAGGCCAUGGCGUCUAAAAAACACGCCAUCUGCCAUGAUUUUUAUUGAUGAUCUGUCAUGAUGUUCCUCAAACACCUACAUAUAUUGUUCAGUAUCUUUAUCACACUGAAACCUCCGGGAUCUACAGCCAUGUGAAAAAAUAAGUACACCCCACGGAAA